CUCCCGCUCCCUCGGCCGAGGCUCCUCCGCCACCGUCUUCCUCGGCGUCCUCCCAGACGGCAUGUCCGUCGCUGUCAAGCGCCUGAACAUACCCCCUGCCUCGCCGGAAUCUUCCUCCGGCGACCGCGAGUUUCUGAACGAGCUUCAGGUGCUUUCUAACCUGCGCCAAUCGGUCUUCGUUGUCUCCCUCCUCGGCUACUGCUUCGAGGGCCAUCGACAUCGCCUGAUUGUCUACGAGUAUAUGAGCAAUGGAAGUCUGCAAGAGCUGUUCUUCGGUCUCCGCCGACCGGUUCUAGAUUGGAGAAGAAGGUUUCAGAUCAUCCAGGACCUCGUGAAAGCUCUCACCUUUCUCCAUCUAAGGGAUUCCCCGAUCAUCCAUGGCGACAUUAAGCCCAGUAAUGUCCUCCUUGACCAUGAUUUCAGGGCCAAGUUAUCUGAUUUCGGUCUCUCACGGCUAAAGAGUGAAGAUACAACUCUGCACAUUCGUCCUUCUUCUUCUUCUUCUGGUCUGAAUCAUGAAAGGAAGGGGAGACGAAUGGGGAAGGAGUCGGCGGUGAGCCCAUGUGAUGAUGAGCUCGACUGCAUUGAGAAAAACAAGGAUUUACACCCGAGUUGUCCGGUGGAUGAUGGAAGGGCAUGGAGGUGGAACGAGGAUAAAAGAAGCGGGGGAAGUAGUAGAGAUUGUGCGAGGGAGUGGAUUGGAGGUCAGAUUUUCCCCAGAAAGAUUCCAUCUUUAGAUGAAGUUUACGGAAGCUCCCAUGAAUUCAGAAGCCAGAGAUUCGAAGAUGAUGAAACUAAUUUUACAGACCCCGGUCUGAGCGCAAAUGAAUGCAGUAAGGGGGGCAGGAAGAUGAGGGAAUGGUGGAAGGAGGAGUACUUCGAUGAGAUAAACAACAAGGGAAAAGAUUAUAAAAGCCUCAAGUGUUUCAAAACCAGUAACAGCAGCAAUUUGGAUGACAGCAGCUGGAAGAAGAAGAAGAAGAAGAAGAAGAAGAGCAGAACAGCAAGCCAUGAGAUGUCCGGUGGAGAUCUAUUCAGCGAAGAGCUAAGCAGGACAAGGAGUAUGAGAGGAACUGUGUGCUAUAUGGCUCCGGAGAAUAGUGGCUGUGGGAAUUUGACAGAGAAGGCCGACAUAUAUAACUUUGGGGUUCUGGUUCUCGUGAUUAUCUCAGGGAGAAGACCUUUACAUGUGUUGGAAUCACCAAUGGCGUUUGGUAGGGGUAAUCUUAUAAGCUGGUGCAGGAAACUGGCGCAGAGAGGGAGUGUGUUGGAUAUUGUGGAUGAGAAUUUGAAAGGUUCUUAUGACAGGGAUGAAGUCAGACUCUGUAUAGAUAUAGCUUUGUUGUGCUUGCAGAGAGUGCCUGAUUUGAGACCUGAUAGUUGUGAUAUUGUUAGGGUUCUGGAAGGACAGGAAGAACUUGGAGAAGUUCCAUUGGAGGCCUCACCACCACCAUCAGCUACUAAGUUUAUUUCUGAACAGACCAAAAUGGGAGGCUUUUCUGGAUUAUGAGUAGAAGUUGGCUUAUAUUUUUGUUGUUAGCUAUUUGGAAUCUUAUAUUUAGGAAUGUAAUAUAUUGAUUGGUAGAAAAAAGCUUUCAAAU